GGUCAGGCUCGGAGUCCCGCGGCCGCGGCUCCGGCCCCCAACGCGCGGCGGCCGCCCGGCUCGCCUUUCUUUCUUCCCUCGCCUUCCUCUCCUCUUGCCUCACCCUCCCCCUUUCUUUUCACGUUGCUGGGUUUUUGGUUUUGUUUUUUGUUGUUGUUAAUUUAUGCUUUAGGGGUUUUGUUCCUUAGCCCGAGCUCAUGGGUGUACAUUAUCAUGCUCCUCUUUUGUAGAGCAACCCGACGGCCAUGGAGGCCGAAGAGACGAUGGAAUGCCUUCAGGAGUUCCCUGAACAUCAUAAAAUGAUCCUGGACCGAUUGAAUGAACAGCGAGAGCAGGACCGGUUUACUGACAUCACCCUGAUUGUCGACGGACACCAUUUUAAGGCCCACAAGGCUGUUUUGGCUGCUUGCAGCAAGUUCUUCUACAAAUUCUUUCAGGAGUUUACUCAGGAACCUUUGGUGGAGAUAGAAGGUGUUAGUAAGAUGGCCUUUCGUCAUUUGAUUGAGUUCACAUAUACAGCAAAGUUAAUGAUACAAGGAGAAGAAGAAGCCAAUGAUGUAUGGAAAGCAGCAGAGUUUCUACAAAUGCUAGAAGCUAUCAAAGCCCUUGAAGUCAGGAACAAAGAAAACUCAGCUCCACUAGAGGAAAAUACGACAGGAAAAAGUGAAGCAAAAAAAAGAAAAAUUGCAGAAACUUCAAAUGUUAUCACUGAGUCAUUGCCAUCUGCAGAAUCUGAACCCGUUGAAAUUGAGGUGGAGAUUGCCGAAGGCACAAUCGAAGUGGAAGACGAGAGCAUCGAAACAUUAGAGGAAGUGGCUUCCACAAAGCAGUCCAUCAAGUACAUUCAGAGCACAGGUUCCUCUGAUGAUUCUGCUCUGGCACUGUUGGCAGAUAUUACCAGCAAGUACCGUCAAGGUGAUAGAAAAGGGCAGAUUAAAGAAGAUGAUGGCUGUGCAUCUGACCCCACAAGCAAACAGGUAGAAGGUAUUGAAAUUGUGGAACUUCAGCUGUCACAUGUGAAGGACUUGUUCCAUUGUGAGAAAUGUAACCGUUCAUUUAAAUUGUUUUACCAUUUUAAGGAACACAUGAAAUCACACUCCACUGAGAGUUUCAAGUGUGAAAUAUGCAAUAAAAGGUAUCUUCGGGAAAGCGCAUGGAAACAGCACCUCAGUUGUUACCACCUUGAAGAAGGUGGAGUCAGUAAGAAGCAAAGAACUGGGAAAAAAAUUCACAUAUGUCAGUACUGUGAGAAACAGUUUGACCACUUUGGACAUUUUAAAGAACAUCUUCGAAAACAUACAGGUGAAAAACCUUUUGAAUGUCCAAAUUGUCAUGAGCGAUUUGCUAGAAAUAGCACCCUCAAAUGUCACCUAACUGCGUGCCAAACUGGAGUGGGGGCAAAAAAGGGAAGAAAGAAGCUUUAUGAAUGUCAGGUCUGUAACAGUGUGUUUAACAGCUGGGACCAGUUCAAAGAUCACUUGGUAAUACACACUGGAGAUAAACCCAACCAUUGUACUUUAUGUGACUUGUGGUUCAUGCAAGGAAAUGAAUUAAGAAGGCAUCUCAGUGAUACUCACAAUAUUUCAGAGCGUCUAGUAACCGAAGAAGUUCUUUCAGUAGAAACACGUGUGCAAACAGAACCUGUGACAUCAAUGACUAUUAUAGAGCAAGUUGGAAAAGUGCAUGUGUUACCAUUGCUUCAGGUUCAGGUGGAUUCAGCACAAGUGACUGUGGAACAGGUCCAUCCAGAUCUGCUCCAGGACAGCCAAGUACACGAAUCACAUAUGAGUGAGCUUCCAGAGCAGGUCCAAGUCAGUUAUCUGGAAGUGGGUCGAAUUCAGACUGAAGAAGGUACUGAAGUUCAUGUUGAGGAGCUGCAUGUUGAACGGGUAAACCAGAUGCCAAUGGAAGUACAGACUGAGCUUCUAGAAGCAGACUUGGAUCAAGUGACCCCUGACAUCAUGAGCCAGGAGGAGAGAGAACCUGCCCAAGCAGAUGUUGCUAUGGCUCCCAGAGAAGAUCACGAAGAUGCGGAGGGUUUAGAGACCAAAUCAGUGGAUCCCCAAGCUGAAAAGGCAGGAAGUGAAAACAGAACACCUAUGCCGGUUCUAGAAUGAAAUAACAAGUGAAUAUAUUUUUAAAUUUACGUGUUGGGUUUUUGAACUCAUGGGCAGUGUGACUGUCCUUAAGCUAACAGACAAGUGGACCAAAGUUAAAACUUUCCUGUUGUGCUGAACUGUUUCUUUUGAAACAAACUGAUUUCCCCCCCACUUAAUGCCACAGAGGAGGGAUCUUUCCCAUAAGUGAAUGGGAAGCUUUGAGAAGUAUAUUUCUGGAGACUUAAAUGGAGUCUAUUCUUAUUACAUAGUUGGGUACGAGGGUAUCUAUUUUCAUUGUGGUAAGGGUUCUCCCUUCUCUCUUUUCCAGGUCAUGUCCUUCCUCGAGUUUUCUCUUUUUUUUUUUUUUCCAUAUUGUAAAAUCAAAUGUAAAAUCAUUAGAAUACAAGUUUAUGUAUUCUAAUGCAUGUUAGAAAAUUUGAAUAUGUAGGAAACACAGGCUGCAUGAAGAAAAGUACAUUGUUACUGUGCAGUUAAAUUUUGGCUUCUAGCUUUCUUUAGUUUGAACAACAUUCUUGUCUACCCUGAUAGUUACAGAUGUCAUCUCU